UUAUUUUAUUGUGGAAUAAAUAAAUAAUAAAUGCAUGAUUUUGCUGCAAAACGUAAUGCACUUUUUGCAUGCCUAGAUGAUGCCAGCACCGAACUUAAGGGAACCGUGUUGGACCAAGCAAAUUCCACAACAGCACUCAGCAGAACUGCCCAAGGUGGCCUGGAAAUGAACUAUCGUCAAGGAGGUGGCACCCGAAAUAAACAAACAGCAUCAGAACGAACUCUUCAUCAUUUGAGGGGAAAGGAGAGUAUAUUUAAGAAACCCGAAUUACCCAUUGCUAGAUGUUUGAAACCCAGACGUUUGCCAGACUACCAGAUUAAUCCCCACAAAUGGAAGAAAUAUUCAUUGGAGGAUGUCGAUAUAUCUGACCAGACAAAUUCAUCGGCGGCUUUUGAAUUUCUACGAAAAAUCGAUGAACAUAAAGAUUCUCUAGAAUCGCCUGAAAAAGAUGAGGGGGAUAAGACAAAAAUUGAAUUUAAAAAGUCCAGUAAAAUACGUCGUAAUUUAAAAUCUUUGGAAUCUUUGGAGAAAAUGGAUACCGAAAUCGAUUCGCCCAAAUUGAAGGGUUCCAAAUUGGUUAUGCCAGAGUAUGUGGUGGGACAAAAGAAAACAUCGUCGAUGUUUAAAAAGAAAUCGAUAAAUAUGGCAAAUUCUAAGGAGAAAAUAGAAAGAGCGGCGGGUAAAUUACUGCUGUCUCAUCUGCAGGAAGAUGAUGAUGAAGAUGAUAAUGAUGUUUAAAAAUGAGGAAGGACACAUGAUGUUACCAAACAUACACAUAUAAAAAGUUAUUGAAAUAUACUUAAAUACUUUUUGAA